AUGAUUUUGCAUUUCUGUGGGGGAUAACUGUUUGUAAACAAAACAGUUCUCUCCCCUGUCAGCUGCUGCACACUGCUUUGCAUGGUGCAUAGCUUUGCAUGCAAAGCAGUGUGCUUACAGUGAAGCACUAACAUAGCACACUUAGCAAAACGGCACACAGCACACAGUUAACCCUUUAAUUGACCCACAUGUUAACCCCUUCAUGCCCAGUGCCAUUAGUACAGUGGCAGUGCUUUUACUUAGCACUGAUCACUGCAUUGAUGUCACUGGGGAUGUCAUUGACACCAAGUCAGUUCCCUCCAGUGUCAGAAUGUCCACUGCAGUCCUGCUAU